AUGGAGAGCCGCAACGCCGUGCGAUCGCGGGGGACGCGCCGUGGCUCUGACGGACGGCUAUCAAUACCCAAACGCAAGAUCAAGAGCAAAGGUGCCAAUCCGCAGGUGCUCUCAAGCAUCAUCUCAUCCCUGGAGAGCGACACCCUCGCCCCGCUGCCCGACAACGACAUCUACGGCGGCACCCUCGCCCGUACGCAUUCGCGCGCCUACUCGUCCGACCGAUCUGUCACCAGCGCCCCAUCAAUCCGCCGCGCGACCAGGUCGCCUUCGCCCGGAUUUGGCGUCGAGUACGGAGUGGGCCUCGAGCUGGAAGAUGAAGAGGGCGUGACAGGAGCUGCACUGCCACCCACAGUUCCCACGUCGCGAUCGCCCUCGGGUCUAUCAAACUACACCGUCAACGCAGCCCCGCGCUCGCCCGUCUUCGCCCGCUCCAGUUCGCGCGUGAGCAAUGUGCUGACGAGCGCCUCUCGCCGCAGCUCCGUUUCUGCUCCACGCCCUGCGAGCCCGCGCAACAAACUCAGCUCGGAGAGCUGGGUACGCCAGAGUGAAGACGCGGGCAGCGAAUACUCCGGGAGGAAGGAACAACGCAAGGGCGGGCGCUUGCGCGGACGGAGCUCUUGGGACACGUUGACCGCAGGGUACUCAACACCUUCGGCGGAACAUGUAGGAAGUCCGGCUACGUCGCGCGCCGAACAGAUCAUCGCGCGUACUCCAUCACACAUGUUGCCGUCAAAGGGCAGACUUUUUCUCGCCGACGUGGCCAUGGACGAUGCCAACAGUUCAACUGCUGGAUACUACCCAUCUCCACCCAGGUCUCCACGAGUCGAUCGCAGCGCUGAUGUACAGCAAAGGGCAGCAUCACCAGAUGUCCAGUCCACUGCCUCGAUCACACCCCCAAUAGUGCACAAAACGCCAAGUCCAAUUACCGACUCAAUUCCCACCAGGACAUCAUCCUUGAGAAUGUCUAGUAGCAGCCCGGCUGGCGGGAGGAGAAAGUUGAAAAAGUCCAAGAGAAACAGCUUCCUUUCCGAAAAAUCCGAAUCAUCUACCAAGAAAUCUCCAAAAAUCAUUUCGGAUUCAAAGUGGGAUGACUUGGAUGCAGACGACGAGACUGUCAAGCGAAUUCGACAGCUUAGAGAGCAGAGAAGGUCUAGGCUACAGGAAUCUUUCUUUCCACCCGUGGAAGAUGGCGCCGAGGAGCCGUAUGAACAGGAAACUUCGUCUCGUGGAGUUGCAGCGCAUUCAAGCGACGGCAUCACACGUACUCCCUCCGACCGUCCACCAGCCAAUCGCUCCGCAACGGAGCCGGCGAAGCCCCGGUACUCCUUGUCAGAUGGUACCGAAGAGGCGCAAAAGCCGCUGCAGGCAGUAGACGAAGCGCAAGGCGGCUCAAAAGCUGGGAAUGUGCCCGAUGCAACGCGCGCGUCCGAAGGAAGAAGGCCGGUUCCUACGCAAUAUCGGCCCAUGACUGCGAAGUCAGAACAGUCAACAUAUCAUCAAACAUUCUCUUUGGACUACUCAUACGCGGAAGCCGUCGAUGUACUGCACGGUAUCGCUCAUAACAGAACUGCAUACAAAAACGACGAUGUACCAAAACCUACUGUCGAGCCUAGUCCACUCUGGCUACAAGGCCUGGAUCUUCCGGCACCCUCAAGCCAAGCCACAGUCGUGACACCAAAGCAGAAGUCUACGAGAUUCAAGAAGUCGCCGCGAAGUAGAUGGACAGCUCAACCCGACCCUUCACAGGAAUUCAGCAACAAGAGACAUCGUAGGAAGUCGAUGAGCGAUGUUCGCCAGUCUCAAGUCGCGGAGGAGGCAGACGAUCUUCCCCGCCGAGACAGCAUCGAGGAUGCCGUGGCUGACUUCCUGCGUGCACCACGUCUAAGUCGCACGGUCAAGAGUCCCAGCACUGGCCGUACGAUCGCAUUCUCUGAAGUAGGAGACCCUGAGGGUGCCGCAGUAUUCAUUUGCGUUGGCAUGGGACUUACGAGAUACGUGACUGCGUUUUACGACGAAUUGGCGACCACAUUGCGUCUUCGCCUCAUCACCGUAGAUCGUCCAGGCGUAGGUGGCAGCGAUCCCUAUCCCUCAUCGAAUAAAAGUGGACCUCUGGGAUGGCCAGAUGAUGUCCUUGCUAUCUGCCAGGAACUGGGCAUUGCAAAGUUCAGUCUGCUCGCUCACUCAGCCGGUGCAAUAUAUGCGCUCGCUACUGCACUCAUCCUCCCUCACCUGAUUAAGGGUAAGGUUCACCUCUUGGCCCCCUGGGUACCGCCCAGCCAGCUCGAAGCGAUCUCGCACCCAACAGCGUCGACCCUUCCCGCGAAUCCUCUGCCUCGUAGCCAGCGGUUUCUGCGAGUGCUCCCUACGCCGUUCUUGAAGGCAGCGAACACCUCGUUCUUGUCCGCCACUUCGACUUCACUAAAGCCUGCCAGCAGACGGAAAGGUGACUCUGGAWCCAACAGGACUCCUCCCCGCCGAGGCGCGGGACAUUCUCCGACUAGACCUCCAUCUCGCGGCAAUCGAACAGAAGACAACAGGCGCGAGUCGAUGAUGCUUAUGGAUCAAUACAUGCCGACCACAUCUCCCCUAGAACCUUUUUCGCCUUCGUCCAGAGGAGCCGAGGAGAGCGACUUGAUGCUUUCCGCUACGGCGGUCCCGACCGAUCCCAGCUUCACGUACGCCUCUACGGGCCUCAACGCAGCCGAGCACGCCGAGACUCAACGACAGAGUGAGUACACGAGCCGUCUGACACRGAGCACGUGGGAUCUCGCCACGCGCGAUAGCAAUCCGGCAACGGAUCUCGUGAUCUGCCUUGAACGCAAUCGGGAUGUCGGGUUCCGCUAUACAGAUGUCACGCGCGAAGUGGUCAUCACGCAUGGCUCGGACGAUAAGCGCGUUCCGAUCGCCAAUGUGAAGUGGCUUGCGGAACAGAUGAAUCGCAGGGCACUCGGCGUACAGCGUGGAGAAGAUGGGCGAGAGAGUAGAGAGGCAUGGGGGGAUCCAUCCUCCAAAGGUGGCUGCGAGGUCAGAGAGUUGCCGGGCGAGGGGCACGGUUUGAUGGCCAGUCCAGUCAUCAUGGGCGACAUCCUGACUGAAAUUGCCGCGCAUUGGAUCGGAUCGGACAAAGGUCGCGUGUGA